ACAAAGCCAUUGACCUUUGCCGAUUGUGUUGGGGAUGAACUUCCUUUAGGAUGGGAAACUGUAUAUGAUAAACAAAUUGGAAUUUAUUACAUGGACCACAUAAAUAAGCUUACCCAGAUUGAGGAUCCCAGAGAACAGUGGCGGCGGGAGCAGGAACGGAUGCUGAAGGAGUAUUUAAUUGUAGCCCAGGAGGCCCUCAAUGCCAAGAAAGAAAUCUACCAGAUUAAGCAGCAGCGUUUCGAGCUGGCCCAGGAGGAAUACCAGCAGCUGCACAAGAUGUGCGAGGACGACGGCCGCUCGUACACCAGCUCCUUCUUUGGAUAUUCAACAAAUACAAAGUACGACCCAUACCAAAUUAAAGCAGAAAUAGCAAGUCGUCGGGAUAGGCUUUCCAGAUUAAAGCGAGAGCUGACCCAGAUGAAGCAAGAACUGCAGUACAAAGAAAAGGGGGUGGAGACCCUGCAAGAGAUUGAUCGUAAGAUGUCAAGUGCUCACACCAACUACAAACUGGAUGAGGCGCAGGCUAUAAUGAGCGAGCUCAGGACCAUCAAGAAAGCCAUUUGUACAGGCGAGAAGGAGAGGCGGGACCUGAUGCAAAGCCUGGCCAAGCUGACCGAUGGCUUCAGGAAUAGCUGUUCUCUUACCGACCCUCUGCAAGAGUUCCCUCCCAGUGCAGGCGCGCUGGGCGAGUCUUUGCCUCACCAGUUCUGCGAUGCUGGGUCUCAGACCGAGGUCAUCGGCGAGUUCGUCUUUGAUGAUAAAACAAGGCUUGUGGACCGAGUCAGGCUUAACUGGCAGUAUGAGGAAGCCAGAAAGAGAGUCUCAAAUAUCCAGCAGCAGCUGGCCCAGUUUGAGAGCGAGUCCUGGCCGGGCAUGGCCGAGGCCGACAGGGACCGGCUGCAGCUCAUCAAGGAGAAGGAGGCCCUGCUUCAGGAGCUGCAGCUCAUCAUUCAGCAGAGGAGGCCGGCGGAGGACGUGGCGCGGCUGGAGGAGGAGCGGCGGCGCCUGGAGGAGGAGAUCCAGCGCUCCCGGGCCACGUCCGUGCAGGGCGCCACGGAAAGGUGGGCUGGCCGGGCAGGCGGGGCCGGCUUCCAGCGGAGGAGCAGCUGGCAGAGCCGAAGCCUUGUUACUCAGGCAGCCACGGCCCGGCGGAAGGUGGAGGGAGCCGGUGCCUGCCGUCCGCAGGGGGUGCCCAGGGCGCCUGCCGUCCGCAGGGGGUGCCCAGGGCGCCUGCCGUCCGCAGGGGGUGCCCAGGGCUCGGAGGCUCCCGGUCCCUAUUACGAGUGGGAGGUGGUCGAGAACCGGAUGGAGUAGGGAAGACCCGGGAAC